AUGCCCACAUACCACAGCCCUCCCCAGACGCCCGCCCGCUUUCCCUUGCAUCGUACCCCUUUACCCCUGUCGACAUCACACUUCCACCCCAGCUCUGCCCGGAACAGCAACACCAGCCUCGGCAGCAAGACACCCAAGCAUAGAAGCCGCAAGGACGACGACGACUCGCAAUACAAGAUCCCCUUCGUCUUCCUGGGCUCCAUAGCGGCCGCUUCAUGGCUUGCCCACCGGUUCUGGCCCAAGGGGUUCCCGCAGGGCGAAAAGGAGGACUGGGAGCUGUCAGACCACGCCAGGCGGGCCAAGCAGCGGCGCGAAGCGGAAAAGGCUGAAAUGAGCGCCCGCCGGGCCGACCGUCGCAGCAGCAGCAUGAACCGCAGCAACAGGGAGCCCUCGACUGCGUCCGACGCGUUUGGCAAGGAGGAUGCAUUGCGAGACUACGACAGCUACCGUGACCGUGAAGGAGAAGGGAGGGGAGGGUAUUACCCCUCUUCCAAGUCUAGAGCCACAGCCAACGAGGACAGGGAAGUGUACAAGUACCGCUCCCAACCUCCUUCCCCACGCCCACGCUACAGCAGCCGGAGCGUAGACGGGUAUGGCGCUGCCACCAACAGCAACAGCCGCGGCGGCAGCUCCUCAUCCCCCGUCUACACGGCGGUCCUCGACAGCGAGAUCGACCUCACAAUUCGAGAGGGGGCUUGA